AUGGCCCAUAAUAAGGCGUCGACGCUCGAGGAGCUAUCCGAGAGGAUUAUUUAUUCGGAGCGUUACUCCGACGACAACUUCGAGUACCGCCAUGUGAUCCUCCCAAAGCCCAUGCUCAAGCUUAUCCCAAAAAGCUACUUCUCGGGCGACGACUCCGGCCUUCUUCGCAUCUUGGAAGAGCACGAGUGGCGGGGAAUCGGUAUCACACAGAGCCUUGGAUGGGAGCACUUUGAGGUGCACGCGCCGGAGCCACACAUCCUGCUCUUCCGGCGACCACUCGCCCGCAAGUAA